AUGCGUAUCGGUUUUCUAUUAUAUUGGUGCGUAUUUGCUGUUCACUUGUGCAAAGCGGAUGAUGGUGAGAGGACAGAGUCCAGGGAUGGCCGGAGGUCUCAAUGGGGUCCUACCGUGAGGAGCAGUUCAUUUACGAGCGAGUCGGCUUCAGUAUCAAAUGAGCUCAUACUUCUGGAGGCCUGUAACAACGAGCCGGCGUGUCUCCAGGACCACGCUGGUCUUGAAGCCAUCACACAGCUCCAUCGACAGCUGGAUGACGACGCGAACGGGAAUGUUGAUCUCAGUGAGAGUGAUGACUUCUUGCGCGAGGAGCUUCAAUACGACAGCGGCUAUGAGAAGCGCCAGCGAGCCUUCCAUCACAAUGAUGACAUGCAUAUAUCGGUCAAAGAACUAUGGGAGGCCUGGCUUAGAUCAGAGGUCCACAAUUGGACGGUAGAGCAGACUGUGGUGUGGUUGUCCGAAUCUGUGGAGUUGCCGCAGUACAGAACGCUGUUCCUGCAGCAUAGGAUCACUGGUGCAGCAUUACCGAGAUUGGCUGUAAACAACAUGCAAUAUAUGAGCAACGUUCUGGGUAUAAAGGACCCUAUACAUAAACAGAAGCUGGCCUUAAAAGCAAUGGAUGUUGUAUUAUUUGGACCGCCUAAAGAGCUGUUUGUUGUAUUUACAACAGAAGGCAGUCGUUGGAAGGACUGGUUGUUAGCGUCGCUGUUGUUGGGCGCUGUUGUUGGUGGGUGGGCAGCGUUGAGGGCGGGUCGAGCCAGCAGGCAUCAGGUGCAGAGGAUGUUGAGGGACAUGGAACAUCUGAGGAAAGCUGAAAUGGCUUUGGACGAUAUGCAGAAAGAAUUGGAGAAGGCGCGGCUGGAACAGGAAAGCGUUACGACAGAAAAGAAGAAUCUAGAAAAGAAAUUACAAGAAGCUGGAGAUACGCCGAUGUUGAACUCAGCGUCGUCAGAUCUAGAAGUUACUCAACUCAAGUCAGAAAUAGAGAUGCUUCGUGCCGAGCUGCGUCGAGCUGAAGGUGAGCUUGAAGACCGCUGCUGGGCGCCACCGGCAGGUUUACAGCAGUGGCUGCAGUUAACACACGAGAUAGAGAACAAGGCUUACCUUAGGAAGAAACAAACAGCUGAUGGGCAGCUGCAGCAGGCUAGGGACGCGUGUGAAAAGCUACGUAAGAAACGAUCCAGUCUAGUCGGAGCGUUUGUAUCAACACACGGCAAGUCCAUAGAUGAUGUAGACCGAGCCAUAGUAGAGGCUAGGACUGCCCUCAAUGAAGUUACUCAAGAACUACAGGAACGCAUGCACCGAUGGAAGCAGAUUGAAAGGUUGUGCGGCUUCAAUAUAAUAAAUAACAACGGAUUACAGUUCCUAGAGAGCACCCUGUAUAGAACUGCUAACGGAAGACAGGGAAAAGUCCGAGUGAGCAGUUCGCAGGAUGAUCUCAGCCUCGGAGACGACACGUCAUUGUGCGGAUCAGCGACAGACACUUUGGGUUGGCGAGAGGAUUCAUCAGGCAGCGAAGCAGACUCGCCUCAUUACCCUCUAGAUCUGAGACUGGCAGAAGCCAGGCUUCAAUUAGAAGAACGUCUGGCGCAAGAAGCGCGGGAGAAGAGAAUGGAUGAGAGGAAGGAAGAAAGAGCGAGGGAGAGAAGUUUAUACAAUGACGUCAGAAAGAGUCCCACUGAUGAUAGGAAGAGGGACCAAGUACACUUUAUACUGGGAGGGGACAAUGUUAACUGGACAGGCGAGGACUUGACCCGUGCGUCUCACUCGCAGUCCCAACCUCAACUGCGUUCUUCUCUCCGCGGCGCUCCGGGCGUGCCGCUCCCCCCUCCACGCCGGCCCGGCCCCGGCCCUAGCAUUAAUCCAACGACCUCCCAACUCAUGGAGAGGUCGCGCAGCACCGACCACGUGUUCGACGACCCUCGACCCCCUCCCAGACAACCAUUCACCAGACAGAAGGCACUUGCCGAAGGUAACGAACGAACCGAACACACUCCGCCCGAGGAAGAGUCCACGGACUCGUCGCUGAUGGAAGAAGACGGCGCGCCUAAACCGAGGAAGAGAAGAAUACAUCUACCCUUUGGUAAGAAAUCAAAGACCCCCGCGUGA